AUGACUCUUGGCGUGCAGACGAUGCCGUACCUUGCUUUUCAUGCUAGGGUCACUCUGCUUGUUAUGCUGUUGACAAUCAGCACACAGGAGUUGGUUUUGUGUGGGGUGUACGCAACUCCCGAGGUGGAGGCGGAGCGGCAGAAGACUGUGGAUUUCAUUGUGGAGAAGGGAUGGGAGGCUUUACGACGAGUCUACAAUACUCGCAAUGCUUAUCACACUCAAGAGAAGGGGCGAAGAAUGUUAAUUCUCUUGGAGCAAUGUAGGACUCCUCGACCAGAGUCAAACCCUUCGGAGCUGGCUGUGGAGGCAAGCAUCUGCUUGUAUAGAAUUUCGCAGUGUUACGAGGCUCUAGGGCAGCUGCAACCUUGGGUAGGAAGGUCCCUUCCGAUACCAGAACAGGUAAGCAAGCAAGCCUUCAAUGCGUUUUCGUAUGCACAAAACGCUGGAAAAUGCAGGCUCAAAGGAGACGUGGCUGCGAGCUCCUGGGUGGAAGAGAUACAAACACAAACUGGUUGUAUGGACCUUGUCGAACCCAGUUACAGACUUGGGCGUUUAACGUACCGGUUGCCAUUUAGUGAAGAGAUGAAAAAGAAUAAGCAACGAUUCGGAAGGGCCGCAAGAGGGCUUCGUCGCAGCAUCGAACUGGCUUUGAGCAAUGAGCCGCUGGAACAGCGCAUGCAAGUGCAGCGCCACGACGUGGAGCUACGGCAACAGCAGGGCCGAAAACCGCUACGCCAGCAACAGCAUCCUUUCGCCGGCGAGGUGCCCGAGACCAUUGCUGGACCUAGCUCCAUCAUCCGACCUGUGGGGCAACCGGCCACUCCGGGAACCGGUGUAGCCAUAAUGACUUCGCGCCCUUCUCAGCCCCCUCCUGCCCCUUGGGAGGGAACUGCGCCAGCAGGAGCGGCCUCUUCGCUGAGGGCGCCGUUACUGCAGCACGUUCAGCCUCCACACAGCGAGCCGCAGCAGCGUAUUCCCACCGCUCAUCCAGGGCACGCGGGUCAGCCCCCUCACCUCUCUGCUCCAAGUUGGGGCAAGAUGCAAAAAGAGACGAAGGACGAACAGCAAGCCUCGUUCGAGGGAUGGUUGGCGUCUCGUCCCACCACCUCCUGGCUUUGCAUCCUCGUGGCGACCCGUUGGUCCAUCUGCCACUGGGCAGAGCACUGGGCAGAGCGGUUUUCCAUUGGCUCAUCCGCCACGUAUGCCAACUCAGAGCGAGAUUGA